AUGGAAAGUGUUACUGCCUCGCAAUUACAGAGCUUCAAUGCUCUCCAGCGCCCGGAGAAGGAUGCAUCCGGGAAACGCAACCACUACCAUUUCGCCGUGAAGGCUCUUCCGGGAGUCCCAGGCGAAGCUGUAUUCUUCGCAAAUCCAUACAACAACCACCAUGAGUGCGAGGGCCGGUCCCGGAUUUCCCCUCUCUCGCCCGACGAGCAGGCCAAAAUUAUUGUACCUUUGCUAUUGGAGGCAUUCGUCAACCGAUUCGAUGAGCCGGGCCCAAUUCCCCAGAUGGGCAGCAACAUGGAACCAUUCGCGCCGUUCACCUGGAGCACUACUGACGAGAGCCUUGCGCAGGCUGUGUCCCGUAGGUGCCAGGCAAUUGGUAUGAGACGCGAGCUGUGUGACGUUGGCGUCACUACCGCUGAAGAGCUUCGCAGUGCCGAGGCGUGCUGGACGAAGUGGAGCAAGGGCCUGGUGGAGGCUAUGGCUAUGUAUGAUCUCCCAGAUAGCGGAGUCGAGAAUGUUGAGAUGACCUGUAAGAAUUGUGGGUUUACUCCGUCGAUGGAUAAGCCUUUGCAUCCGUGUACUCAGUGCUUGCAAGUCUCAUAUUGCUCGAUGGAGUGUCAAAGCGCGAACGCUGAGGCUCAUGGACUGGAAUGUGCGGCUGAUAUUUAUUAUUGA